CCCACAUCACUGUUAUCACUUUCAUUUACCGAGGAAAACAUCUUGGAGGGCUGGCAUGGCUGCUGCACAUAGUUUGGCCGGUGAAAGUGGUGCUCUGCUAACCAACCCAAAACGCAUGGUGCCUUCUAUGAUGGAAGCUGUUGCGCGCCUCUUUGUUACGAGGUUCUUUCAAACAUACAUCUCCUGCGGAUGCUUAAUAUUGUUGGAGGAAGGGGGUACGAGAUUCACCUUCGAAGCCAACAGGAGCAUAUGUCCUCUGAAAACUGUUCUUAGAGUUCAUAGUCCCCAGUUUUACUGGAAGGUCAUGACAAGAGCUGAUUUAGGCCUAGCAGAUGCAUAUAUUGAUGGUGAUUUUUCUUUCACAGAUAAGAAAGAUGGCCUUCUAAAUCUUUUUAUGAUUCUUAUUGCCAGCAGCAAUGUAAAUUCCAACACAACAAAAUUGAAGAAGACAAGGUAUGGAUGGUGGACGCCAUUGCUAUUCACAGCCGGCAUAUCAUCUGCAAUAAAUUUUUUCAAGCAUUAUUCAAGGCAAAACACUCUUACAAACGCUCGCAGGAACAUCUCUCGUCAUUACGACUUGGGUAAUGAACUAUUUGCUCUGUUCAUGGAUGAAACAAUGCAAUACUCGUCUGCUGUAUUUAAGAACGAAGAUGAAGACUUGAAAGUUGCACAGCUGAGAAAAAUCUCUAUUUUGAUUGAAAAGGCAAGAAUUGAUAGGAAGCAUGAAAUUCUUGAAAUUGGGUGUGGUUGGGGAAGCUUUGCUAUUGAAGUUGUCAAACGAACGGGAUGCAAAUACACUGGCAUCACUCUCUCUGAAGCGCAGCUAGAAUUUGCAGAAAAGAAAGUGAGAGAUGCUGGCCUUCAGGAUCACAUUAGACUUCUUCUUUGCGACUACCGCCAAGUGCCUGAUACCCAAAAAUAUGACAGGAUCCUAGCAUGCGAGAUGAUAGAACAUGUUGGCCAUGAAUUUAUGGAAGAGUUCUUUGGUUGCUGCGAAUCAUUAUUGGCCGAAGACGGUAUUCUUGUUCUGCAGUUCAUAUCGAUACCAGAUCAACAAUAUAAUGAGAAUAGGCAAAGUCUAGGUUUCCUCAAGGAAUAUAUUUUCCCCGGUGGAUGCCUGCCAUCGUUAAGCAGGAUAACAGCAGCCAUGGCUUCUGCAUCCAGAUUCAGUGUGGAGGAUGUGGAGAACAUAGGAAUUCAUUACUACCAAACACUCAGAUAUUGGAGAAAAAACUUCAUGGAGAAGCAGAGCAAAAUCCUGACUCUCGGGUUCAAUGAAAAAUUCAUUCGGACAUGGGAAUAUUACUUCGACUACUGUGCCGCUGGUUUUAAGACACAUACGCUUGGAAAUUAUCAGAUUGUAAUCUCCAGGCCUGGCAAUGCUGCUGCGUUUAGCAAUCCAUAUCAAACAUUGCCUUCAGCAUCUUGAUUUUGUUCUCAAUGCCAAAACCUUCAGAAUCAUUCCGUCCUGGACACGUUAUAUAGUUGACGUACGUUGCUUAUUUAUGCGAUCAUUUUCCAAAGUACGAUGAAAGUCAAGAGAAAAUAAUAUAAAGUUUACGAUCUUAACAAAUAAAAAUAUCAUGUCGCACGUUGUGAACAUGUCCAACUGUUCUUUCGGGUUAUGCUAGCUUGAUGUUGUAAUUCACACUUAUAGUACCGUACGUGUUAAAUAUUUAAUAUUGUACGAAUAUCCACACACAUAAAUACUAUGGAACUUGGUCUAUGUCCCUCUUCCACUUGA